UCCACCCAGACCUGGCUGUGAGAGUCUGUAAUUCUCGGGGUCGAUGGUCUCAUCUUCGUGUCUGAAAGACAGUCUACUUUUUGUCUCCCUAAGCCCUGUGUCUAGGUCGCUGGGGAAGCGCCUUGGAGAGUCAAGAAUAAAAUUGCAGGUCAAACAAUGGAUGACUGGAAAAGUCGGCUUGUAAUCAAGAGCAUGCUUCCCCAUUUCGCCAUGGUGGGAAACCGGCAGGAGCCCAGAAAGCUCCAGGAAUCGCCACAGGGAACUGUUAAGAGGAGACAGGAAGGAGACAACUUCCAGUUUCCAGGCAUGGCUGACGGGGGCUACCCUAAUAAAAUCAAGAGGCCUUGCCUUGAAGAUGUCACCCUUUCGAUGGGCCAAGGCGCCCAGGCCAGCACGCCCUGUGCGGAGCUGCAGGUCGCGUCACUAGCAAUGACCCCUAGCCCUGCGGCCAUGGGAGUAGCUGGCCACGCGUUACUACUGGACAACAACCCCAUGAAUGGCAGUGUGAUGGGCUCGCCGUUUGCGGGAGCGCCACCUGCAGAGAUGGGCCUGAAAGCGCCCCCCGUUCCGUACUACGACAAGAGCGCCGCCAGCAGCAGCCUGCCUGCGGUAGACCAGGAGCUUCAGGAGCUGCUGGAGGAGCUGACCAAAAUUCAAGAACCUUCUCCGAGUGACCUAGAUCUGGAGAAGAUACUGGGGACCAAACCAGAAGAACCCCUGGUCUUAGAUCACCCCCAGGCCACGCUGGGCGCAACCCCCAAGCCUUCGGUUCAGAUGCCGCACUUGGAGAGCCUCAGUUCCGGCAAGGAGUUCACGUCCAGCUGCAGUCAGGCGGCUGGCGUGUCACUGCCCGUCCCACCCUCCUCCGCAGGGCUCAACUACGCCAUCUCCGCUGCCGGUAAGCAGAUGGUGUCCCCCAGCAAUGCGGCGGCGCCGGCCAAGAACCCAGCACCGGCCACGCUCCCCGUCGCGCUGCCCCCCCUCCCCGUGCCUCAGUGGCAUCAUGCGCACCAGCUGAAGGUGUUGGCGGCCAGCAAGCAGGGGUCGGCCACCAAGCCACCAGGACCCGCCCCUGGCUGGUCUGGUCUGCCUCCUCCUGGCCUCUCGCCCCCUUACCGCCCAGUGCCCUCACCGCACCCACCGCCGCCACCCUUCAGCCCCCAGAACCUCAUGGUGUCCUGCCUGUCGUCCAGCAACCUACCAGGGAGCGCUGUCCAGGGCUCGCCCAAUGCCUUACUCUCCAGCAUGGCACCUGGUGGCAACGCCGCACUGGGGCCUGCCCUGCCCUACGCCCCCGAGGAGCUCCCCAGCCCGGCGCUGCAGCCGCCACCACCUUUCAGCUCCCAGAACUCCAUCCUGGCCAACCUGGUGUCCUCCACCGUCAAAAGCCCGCCGGGCCACCUGCUGUCCACUCUGCCCUCCAGCACCCCGGGGCCAUCCCCGCCCUACCGCCCCGAGAAGCUGUCUAGCCCCAGCUUGCCGCAGCAGUCCUUCACACCGCAGUGCCCGCUCAUCCGCUCGCUUGCUCCCGCUGGCAACCAGCUGGGCCCGCAGCCGCCGCCACCAUCCGCGAACGCCGUCUUCAAGCCCCUGAGCGCCAGCUCCUCCAAAACCCUGAGCAUGAUCAUGCAGCAGGGGCUGGCCAGCCCCGGCCGUGGGGCCCCAGAGCCCUUCUCUUUCAGCAACACCAAGCCCUUGUCACACUUUGUGGCCGACCCAGGCCCCCAGAAGAUGCCGUCGCUGCCCACUACCUCUCGCCAGCAGUCCCUGCUCCACUACCUGCAGCAGCCUGCACCGGCCUCGGCCUCGGUGCCCAGCGCCUCCUCCUCCGCCACGGCCACCCUGAAGCUGCAGCCGCAGCCCGACCACGCCCCGUACCUCCUGCAGCAGAUGAUGCAGCCGCCGCCGCGCUGCCAGCGCUCGCUGGCCUCGGAGCCCAUGCCCUCUCUGCCCAGACAGCAAGAGAAGCAGAGAUCAGGUCUUAUGGCAAUGACCCCUGAGCAGCGAAGUGCAUAUAUCGCCCAACAGAUGAGUCAAUUUCAAGCCGUCCAAGAACAAGUCACCUUCAAGUGUAGCCGGACCAAGGCCAGCCCCCCGUCCAGCCAGCACAAGAUGCCACCCAGACCUGGCCUCCUUCACAACCCGAGUCCGGGGACCAUCCCACCUACCAGGCACCAGAGCCAGGCAGGCAUGGGCAUGACCUCAGCGGCCCCGGGGACCCUCCACUCCAGCCUCCAUGCUCCCGUCCCCUUACACUCUGGCUCAAACCCUGCGGGCAGACUGGGCUCUGUCUGCCAGCGCGCACAGACUCCCAGGGCUGCCUCCCUGGGGGUGCCCCUGUCAGGGUUCUGUCCCAGCCCGCUGGGCAGCCAGCCCCCAAGUCCCCACCAGCUUAGACAGCCCUGUGUGCCAAGAAUGCCCAUCGUGUUCAACAAUGCCACAUGGGGGGCGUCGGUGGCAGCUGGGGCCACAGCAGUCUCAAGGGAAGCACCCCCAAGCAGAACAGAUAAUAGCAUGCAGCAGUGUCUUAAUAGCAACUCCAACUUCGCCAAGGUACCUGGGAGAGUCCCCCUGGCCGCCUCAGUGUUUCCAUCACAGCACGCAGCUGUGCCCCCUAAUCAGGGGGCACCAGGAGGCAGGUCUGGCCAGAAGGUGGGUGCUGCCCUAGUCAACCCCAAUUUCAGCCUGCUGGGCAGCCAGAACCUCAGACAGAGCCCAGUUCGGGGCCCCGUGCCUGUGCUGAGUGCCACCACGUCCCUCCAACAGGGCGUGGCCCACUUACACCCCCUAAGUCCCAUCCAGGGCAUCGAGCCGCCAAGCUAUGUGGCUGCUGCUGCCACUGCCGCCUCUGCCAUCGCUGCCAGUCCGUCCCCGGGUCCGCUCAAGAGCUCGGGUACCCCCCCUGAGCUGCCACCCUAUGACUUUUUGACCCAGUCCCCACCCAGUGAUGUCCUUCCACCCCCUGACUGCAGUGAGGAGGGUGUCAUCGAGGCUCUCCUGAAAGGCCCCAGCACCAGCCCCGAUGAAGCCUGGGUGUGUGACCUGCGGCUGAUCGAUGACAUUUUGGGACAGCAGGCCGCUGUCCAAAAGGCCUCAGCCCAGAGCGCUGGCCCCGCCCCCCAGGGCGCUGGGGAGCUUCCAACUCCAACACGCAUAGAACCCCCACUUGGACACCACCGUGGGGCGUGGCCUGAACCCGUGGCAGAUUCCCAGCUGCCCCCGCCAGCCGCGCAGCUUCUCCCUCAUUGCAGUGUGAGUGGCUUCAGCCCGGGCGCCUCCCUCUCCCCCGCCGUGACAACAUGGAGAGCUGGUGAUUUUCAAGCUACCUGUACAUAUUUGAAAAUUUUGUAAAUGGUUUUCCUAGACAUUAAUGACAGAAGUAUUUAUACUUCGUUUUGUGACUUUGUAAAUAAAGUGACGGCUUUCGUAGAGUUGUGUUUAUUAUGUACUGUUUUGUGUUGAUUAUACAUUAUUGCAAAUCUGCACUGUUCGUGGCUCCAGACCCCGCGGCGGCCGGGCGGCGGGGCGGCUGUGGCUUCCACCGCAGCGCGCCUGUGAGACGUGUCGUGCCAACCGGCAAAUGCCAAAGCGAAA